AUGCCAUAUACAGAUAAGCAAAUAUGCAUCCCUCCAGAACUGCCAGAACUGCUGAAACAGUUUACAAAAUCUGCUAUUCGAACCCAGCCUCCAGAUCUGCUCCAAUGGGCGUCUGAUUACUUUAGUGCCGUGGCCCGUGGUGAUACACCUCCAGUAAGAGAGCGAUCGGAAAGGGUACCUUUGUCAAACUGGGCAGAACUCACUCCAGAGCUCUUAAAGGUCUUACACCAACGAGUGAGUGGCAGACUGAUAAUCCAUGUAGAUGAACUGGCCCACAUGUGGAAGGUGCUGAAUCUCCCAACAGACUUAUUUGACAGUGUUAUGAAUGUUGGUCGUUUUACCGAAGAAAUUGAAUGGCUUAAGUUUUUAGCUCUGGCAUGUAGCUCUCUUGGAGUUACUAUUGCAAAAACACUGAAGAUUAUAUGUGAGGUUUUAUCCAGCGAUUAUGACAGUGGACCCCCACGUAUUCCUUUUAGCACUUUCCAGUUUCUCUACACAUACAUUGCUGAAGUGGACGGGGAGAUUUCAGCAUCUCAUGUCAGCCGAAUGCUGAAUUACAUUGAACAGGAGGUCAUUGGACCUGAUGGCUUAAUCAAGGUGAAUGAUUUUACCCAGAAUCCACGGGUCAGACUGGAAUAG